AUGUGGCAGCUUUUAGCAGCAGCAUACUGGAUGCUUCUCCUUGGAACUAUAUAUGGUAAUAAGAAAGGAACCAGCACAAAUCCUGAAGCUAAUAUGAAUAUUUCUAAAUUGGUAACAGUUCAAGUGUUAUCAGCCACAAGCUCCAAAGCCUUUGUGUAUCUGCAACAUGGCUUAAUUGCAUCUGCCAGUAACUGGAUCUGCAACCUGCCUAACAACAGCUUAGCUUUCCUUCUGGCAUAUAAUGGCUAUGAUGUGUGGUUGGGGAAUAGCCGAGGAAACACCUGGUCCAGAAAACACCUGAAAUUGUCACCCAAAUCACCUGAAUAUUGGGCCUUUAGUUUGGAUGAGAUGGCUAAAUAUGACCUUCCAGCCACAAUCAAUUUAAUUAUAGAGAAAACUGGACAGGAAAGACUCUACUACGUGGGCCACUCCCAGGGUACUACCAUAGCUUUUAUAGCGUUCUCUACAAAUCCAGAACUGGCUAAAAGGAUUAAGAUAUUUUUUGCACUAGCUCCAGUUGUGACAGUAAAAUACACCCACAGUCCUAUCAAAAAAUUAACCACUCUUUCCAGACAAACCAUCAAG